GAACAAGUAAAUACGUUUUGAAGAAGCACCUGUAUGACGAAUUGAUAAAUUGAUUCAGUAAAAAGUUACGUCAAAUAUAAAUUUUCACUUAUUCCUUAAUUAAUCUUAUUAAAAUCCAAACAAAAGUGUAUGUAGCGUCAAGAAUCUCUUAAUUUGUAAAGAUUUGUGGAGGAAAUUAGACCAUACUCUGGAAAACAACUAUGGCGGAGUCAAUUGUACAAGACUGGCUGGCAGAUUACCGCCGUAUACAAGGACAGCCAGCUGAAGUGACAACCUUUGCUGUGGAGCAUGAAACCGACCCUGAAAUUGCUGAAGCAAUAUAUACUAUAUUCAGUGAACGCCAGCGUCAUGAAACUUUAGUUCAUGAAAUUUGUCAACAAUUUCUCUCUUUUUAUCGCGCUUCGGAGGAUUCUCUGCGAAAAUUUCCCUUGCAGUUCAUUCCGGUACUAAUCUACACUUAUCUGCACGCUGUCGCGGCUGGUGACAAAAAGGGUGCACGUAGUGUAGAGACAUUGCUAAUAUGCAUUUAUAAUGCAGAGAUAUCCACUGAAGAUGGUGGUCAACAUGUAGUCACUUUUCGUAUGCCAAUAUUAGCACAAGCCUCAGUCUACCAUGAGGAAAAAAAUUUGCCAAUGACAGAUUUGCGUCGCUGGGAAGAAAACUGUAAUCGAGAAAUUAAGUGGGGUCCACAUACACAGAUUGAGGCGAUUACCGCUCAGAAUAGGUUACGUAUUAUGACGGCACUCAUGUUCUGUUAUAAUCAGCAAGUUAGCCUUACGCAAAAAUCAGCUUUAAUACAUCUUUGUCGUGUGGCGUCACAGUUAGUUAAUCAAGGCUUUUCAAAGCAACAUGCACAUCGAAUCUCUUAUGGGUCUGAUUCGAGUGGCGCACUUGUGCCAAAGUCAAUAACACCGCGCAUUCCGCUUUCCUCAUCAUUCCUGGUCGAGUUAGUACAUGCUAUAUACUUUGCGAUGUUUAACGGUUUUGGUACUGUGGCUAUACAAACAUUGGAAGAUAUACAUCAUCGUGCAUGUUUUGAGAUGUAUACGGAACUUAUACUUGUGACGAGUGCGGUGAAAAACUCAUUACACGCAAACCCCUCCGGGCAGCCCAGUGAUGGACCGAUGGGACUUAGCGUAGCACUCACACCUGCCACGAAUACUGUGACCACAGCUAUUUCCAAAUCUAUGAUCACGAAUGCAUCAUUCCGUACUAAAAAACUACCUGAUGAUAUCCCCAUACAAGUUCAGGAUCUCACCAUGCCCCAAGCUCCUCCAAUGUUGGCGAGUGUCACUGAAGAAGUCGAUCCUAAAGAACAACAACAAACACAAAAUACAUCAUCGCGAAAUUCCAUCAUACGACCUAGCAUGGAAGGCAUAAAAGCGCAGGCACAUAAAGCGUUAAUUGCUGGUUUCAAAAAGUCCAAAGACAAAGAAAAGGAUAAAGACAAAGAGAAAGAGAAAGAAAAGGAUGGAAAAAAUAUUGGAGUUGGCGCGGCGGGUGAGCCUCCAAAGCCACCGCUACGAAAAUUCGAAAAACACACGCAACGCAACUCUUUGCUACAAUUGCAAGCUGAGGGCAAUAAUAUAGCGUUAGCCGAUUUUGAAAAAAGUCCAUCUUCAGUGGGUGUGAAAGGCAAAACAUACGAUUCAAUGGACACAACCGAAAUGUUACCCAUGCAAACGCUGCUUGCUAAUGAGAAUGGCAGCGGUAGUUUUAGUAUUGACAGUGAAAUAAAUGGCGGCGGUGGCAGCAGUAAUAUGUUGAACAACAGCAGCGUAGCUAGCAAUACAAAUUCAAUCACAAGUAGUGACUUGAUAACAAAGAGUUUCGAUUCAAGCAUUGAAAUGCCGCAACUUGUGGGCCCUGCCGGUGUUGGAAGCAGUACUAAAGUGGGUGAUGUGAGUUUAGAUUAGUGCUACAAUGCUUCCAGAACUAUAAGUUUCGUUUGAAAGCAAUAAAACAUUGUUGCGUGUGUGCCAAAUGUUGGGGGAAAGCUUCCAGCAUUUAUUUUUAUUGAGCGACAAUUAUGCUUACAACUGUUAAAUAUUACAAAACCUAUUUGCAAUUCAAUUUUAAUUUAAGAGUAAAUAAUACAUAUAUAGAAAUAUAUAUAUAAAUAAUUGUUGCUAGGUAUAAAUGGAAUGAAUGAAUACUGGUGAUUCGGUGUUAAUAGGUUUAGGGCAAAACAAACACAAAUUCAAUACAUUUUAGUAAAUUAUCACGAAAAUCUAGUAUCAAUUAUUAUUACAUAUGCAUAAUUUUUUUAUUUUCUGCACGUACAUUUAAAAGACACAUGCAACGGAAGAGCAAAAGCGAUGCUAUUAAUGAGUACUUCAGUAAAUGUGUACUUAAAAUCAAUUAAAA